AUGUAUGUUGCUGAUCUCGGGAAUGAUCGUAUAGUGUCUUGGCGACUAGGAGAUACCGAUGGCCAAGUCGUAGUUGGAGGAAAUGAGCGAAAAAAUCUACUGAUUCAGUUAAAGAAUCCAGCUGAUGUGAUCGUUGAUCGAAAGAACAAUAAUCUUAUCUUCUGCGACGAAAGAAACAAACAAGUAGUACGCUGGCCUCGUCACAGUGGAGUGCAAGGAGAAGUUCUCGUCUCCAAUAUCGCCUGUAAAGGUUUGACAAUGGACAGUGAAGGAUCUCUUUACGUCGCUGAUACGAAAAAUCAUGAAGUUCGACGAUGGCGAUUGGGUGAUUCACAAGGAAAACGAGUGGCUGGUGGAAAUCGACACGGUAAAGGAACUGAUCAACUUGAUACUCCAUCACAUUUGUUCGUCGAUCGCAAUGGCUCUAUCUAUGUAUCAGAUCGUGAUAAUCAUCGUGUUAUGAAGUGGGCGAAAGGCGCCAAAAAAGGUCAGCAGGUUGCUGGUGAUCAAACAUCAGGGAAUAGUAAUAAACAACUGAUCACUCCAGAAGGGGUAGUCGUCGAUGAGAUCGGCACUGUUUAUGUGGCAGACUACGGAAAUAACCGAAUCAUGCGUUGGCCUCAAAAUGCCGUAGAGGGCAGUGUAGUCGUCGGCAAUAAUGGUGUAGGAUCGGCAUUGAAUCAGUUAAAUGGCCCUAUCGGUUUGACCUUUGAUCGUUACGGUCAUAUAUAUGUCGCCGAUGCAAGCAACAACCGUGUCCUAAAAUUCGAACUGAUCUCCCCUUAA